AUGCCUCCCCGAAGCUCUUUGACCAGCUCCUUCUCCGUGACCGACGCCAAUAACGAAGUCGUCUGUCCCUUGAAGAAUAACGACAGUUCCAAUUGUCGGAAAAGAUGUCUGGGGGAAAAACGCUAUCGCUCCAUGCAGGAGCACAUUCGACGUGCGCAUCCGAACCACUAUAUUCCGAAGCUCCCGGCGACCGAGGAGAGCUUCUUGAUGAUGGUGAACACCCCGCUCGAACAACGAGCCCAGCUGUCUCCCCCGGAACCUCCCCAGCCCAGGCGGCCUCAUGAUGUGGCGCCGGAAAGAGACAUCUACGUUGCCGAUGGUUCUCCGGCCACCCCUCGAGCUCUGGAGGAACCCCACCCGGCCGCGGCCACUGCAGCAGUUGCGCUGGCACAAUUGCAUCACCACCGACUGGCCUCAGACUGGGACACAGAUAUGGAAACCCAUUCUGACACCGACUUGAGCCACCCUCAUAUGCGCUCGACCAUCGAACUGCCCCCACUUCGCGAUCAUUUCAAACAGGAAUCUCUUCCGCCUUUCGCUCGGCCCCGGGAGCUGCUUCCUUCGAUUCUCAAUCAUUCUCCGCCCGGUCGCUCGUCUACGUUACCACCAAUCCAGCGCAGGGAAAAGUUGUCUCGGCCGCGCAAAACUUCCAUCUCUCAAUCUGCCCGGAAACCCAAGCAGGAUCGGCCCAGGUCUAAGGAAUUUCCGCGACGUCCAAGCCUUGGGGAUCGCAAAGCUCUUUCAGCGGAACCGCAGACCGCAGCUUGGGCGCAAGGCAAGCGCUGGGAGGAUCUGAUUGAGGCUGCGACCUCUGCGACCGAAGUAGAUGAUGAGCGCUUUUCAGAGGCUGGUCGGUCUCCAACGAUUGCCCCACUACUCUCCAACGUGACGUCUGCUCCAGGUGUGAAAAAUCGGUCUUCGCUACCACCCGCCUUCCAAUCUACAGGGCUGCCUCCCAUUUCAUCGCAUCGGCCGUUCCCACCGCACCACUACGCUGCUUCACCGCUGCACAAAGCAUUGACCCCUCCGCCGUUCGAGAAUCACCGCAGCCGCGACAGCGAUCUCGAACCAUUCCCAUCCAUCGAAUCGUCGCUUGAUUCCAUGUCCUCCACAUCUGGCACCGGCAGGAAUUUUGCCUCGUCAAUGUCAGGAGUUGCUCCGUCCAUCAACUCCGAUCACAGCCCAACCAUGAACUUGAUACCACCCGUUUCUCAGCGCCAACACCACCGGUUCUCAAAUCCCACGCCGGCCUCAUUCCGCAACAAAGAGGUCCAGGUGUUUUGCGCCCAUUGCAAACGACCCUCUGCCUUGAAUGAGUGCUACGCUUGUACAGAAUGCAUUUGUGGAGUCUGCCGUGAGUGCGUUGGCAUGUUCAUCUCAAGUCCACCCGCUUCCUUCAGAACCCCCGGCAACGGGCUAUUACACAACCCACAGCAGGGUCCGACAAGUUACCCGGGCCCUCGUGGGUGCCCACGAUGUCGAACCGUGGGUGGAAAGUGGAAGGCUUUCCAAAUCGACAUCAAGUGA